AUGUUUACAGAAAAUUCUAAGUACAUUUACACAGGUAUCAAUAAAAAUAUACUAGAAAAUUUAAAAAGACAUGUAGAACGCCUACCAGAAGAAAAAAAAUUAGUAAAUCUACUAUUUGACGAAAUUUUGUUAGCCCCUGGUCUUGUGUACAAUGCAUUUUUGAAUGAAAUUGUAGGUUUCCAAGAUAAUGGCAUUACAAAAAGUGGUGAUAUUGCAGAUCGUGCCCUUUGUUUUAUGAUCAAGGGCAUUAAAAGCAUGAAAAAACAACCCAUUUGUUUUACUUUUACUAAAGGUGGAACUAAAAAAAGUGACUUGAAGGCCCUGUUAUUAAUUGUAAUAAAAGAAUUAAAUGCAGCAGGGCUCAAAGUAGUAACUAGAAUUUGUGACCAAUGUCCCACAAAUGUUGCAGUUAUAAAAGAAUUAAGAGAAGAAACGAGAAAAAAAUAUGACAUUGAACAAAACCUACAAAUGCACUUUGAGGUAAAUAGCAUGAAAGUGUUCCCAUUGUUUGAUACACCCCAUUUGCUCAAAGGAAUUAGAAAUAAUUUAUUAAAUAAAGAUGCAAAAUUUAUUGAAAAUGGACAAGAAAAGUGGGCAAAGUGGGAACACCUAAAAAUGCUACUGGCCAUUGACGUUGGUGAUGAUGAAAUUCGUCUAGUAAAUAAGUUAACCCAAAAUCAUGUAAAUAAGGAUAAAUUAAAAAAAAUGAAGGUUAAGUUACCUGCACAGAACAUGGAAUAUUACCCGAAGAGUGUAAUGGAACAGCUGAUUUUCUUU